AUGUUACCUCGGAUUUUGGGCUUAACAGCCUCUCCAGUGAAUUCGAAAGUUUCCAGUCUAGAAACGCUAGAGACUAAUCUCGAUAGCAUAUGCAUGGUUCCUAGCAUAAAUCAUGACGAGCUAGUCAAUUUUACGAAUCAUCCUGAGGUUCACAUCUGUCGCCUUUCAGAUGGCGAUAGCCUGAAUACUACAGCUGAGCCCCGAAUAUUGAGUCGACUGCGUGACAUGAUUGAACAUGCAGACCAAUCCCUACCAAUGGGUUCACAGCUCCAUCGCUUUGUUCAAAUUUCCGAGACUGUCUUUCGCGAACUAGGAAGCUGGGCUUCAGCUGAAUACAUAGCAAUCUCCAUUAAGUACUUCAAGGAAAAUCAACGUUUCCAUGCUGAGACAGACUGGUAUCCCAGCGCUGCAAAAAAUUUCACUAUGCAGAUACUCUGCGAUAUUGGCCGGAUAGAGCAGCCUCAACUACCUAUCAUGCCUGAUCAUCUCUCUCCGAAAUGCUGGAGGCUACUUGAGACAUUAUCGAGACUGGCAAGUUGUGAUUUUCGGGGGCUGGUAUUUGUGAAUCUGCGAGCGUCUGCAAUGAUUAUCAAAUCACUUAUUGAGCGCCACACUGAUACCAAAGAUCAUUAUCGGUGCGGAACCUUUAUCGGCAUGUCAAAUAUCCAGGGUCGAGGGGACCUCAAUCAGUGCUAUCAUGAUAUCGAUGGCCAAGGGGAGACACUAUCUAAGUUUAAAAUGGGAGAAUUGAACCUUAUCAUCACCACCAGUGCAUUGGAGGAAGGAAUUGAUAUUCCAGCAUGCAACACUGUCAUCAGCUUUGAUCGUCCAAAGAACAUUACAUCUUUUAUUCAAAGACGUGGGCGGGCUCGACAGGAGAAGUCCAAUUUUAUCGUGUUUACGGAUGGCGAACGGGAUGAGAGGGAUUUGAUACAGCUGAUGAAAUGUGGAGAUGACAUGAAGAAGAUAUACCAAGAUCAUACCCGAUUCAUCUCAAAUACAUCGCGCCAGGCAGAGCCUUAUAUGACACUGGAAGUGAAGAGCACAGGUUCUCGCCUAGGAAUGCUCGAUGCUGUGAGUCAUCUGAACAUGUUCUGUGCAAAAGUAUUGAAGCAGCCAUAUACUACAAACCGUCCGAUAUUUCGCUAUCGGGAGAGUUCCGAUGGCCAAAUCCAAGGUACAGCUCUCUUGCCUAGUGCCCUUCACGCAUCUCUUCAAGAAAUCGAUGGCUUGCGCUGGUGGUCUACUACAAAGCUUGCGCAGGCUGACGCCGCAUUGCAAGCAUAUACGGCUCUACGGACAGCAGGUCUAGUGAAUGAGUAUUUACUACCAACAAAAGCUGCUGAUAUUAUUAAUCUGGCUCUCCUUUCUCGUGAAGGCUUUCAUCUUCUACCUGAACCAAUACAUCCUUGGGCCGAGGCGGCUGCUCGAUGGAAUAUCGGUAAAGUGAGCUUCUACGCCCACCGUUUGCGAAUCCAACACCCACGGAAAAAUAGCCUCGAGCUUAUGAUGAUCAUCCCUCUACAGAUCCAGUUCCACAUCCGAUUUCCCUUAUUUAUUUCUCAUGAUACCACUUUAAAAGCUCACCUUUCGCCAGGCUCAUUGGUGUCCGUGGACAGUCAAACCAUUGCAUCCUACCGUCAGGUUACGCAUUUGAUCUUCCAGUCUAUACAUGGGCAAAUAUUACAACCUAAGGAAAAAAUGGAUUAUGUUACUCUAUUCAUUCCUUAUACUCAAAUAUCAUCAACGCAAAGAUUUUUGGAGAAAUUCUCUAACCUGCUUUGUAUCGAUGGGAUUGCGCACCACAUAAAGGCACCAAGGUUGCUGGCAAGCUCAACGGCGUCCCUCCAGUCGUCCUCUGACCUCCCAUACGCAGCUCAAGCACUCCAAGUACACGCCGUUCAUAUGUCGCGAAGGCGAAACUUUCUUUUGCGGUGGCCCCCUACCGGAUCCACACUAGCACAGCAGGUACCGAUCGGCGAAAUCGAAAAUAUGUUCUCGAGCGGGCAAGAGUUUUCAGCACAUCGCCUGGAGUUUGAAUGCGUACAAGCCGCUACUUUUCUGCCCAGUAUUAUGCAUGAGAUUGGGAAUUACAUGAUGGCAGAACAGCUGAGGAAAAAGCUCUUAUCUGGCAUAGAAUUUCGCAGGAUGAGUCUUCUUUCUCUAGCGAUUCAACCCACCUGCUCCAAGAAGCCAGCUCGUUUCCGGUCUUUGGCAUUUGUUGGGGCCACCUUUCUGAAGUAUAUCAUUAGCGAGCAACUGUUUCUCCAUCACCCAGCUUGGCACGAAGGCCUACUAUCUAAAGUUAAGGAGGCUGUGAUCUCAAACUAUGGAUUGGCCCACGCGGCCAAAUUAUGUGGCCUAGGCGAAUUCAUGACCGUAAGACGAUUCAACGGUAGAAAGUGGCAGCCCGCUUGGAUUUCAAGUCUCCUCCCACCACCGGUACUCUCGAGACCGCGGAAGGUCAGCUCGAGGACACUGGCCGAAAUGGUUAGAGCGAUCAUCGGCGCAGCCUAUAUUGAUGGCGAUAUUGAGAAAGCAACAAGAUGUGCUGGAGCAAUUGUUCCAACAAUCAAGACCUGGCAUGCCGCAGCGCUGAGUGAUGGCAGCUAUGAGCAGACUCGGCCUAACCCCACGAUUUCAUAUCCUGUGGCACUUGCCGAAACGGAAAAACUACUUGGAUACACCUUUGCAGACCGAAGCCUUCUAGUGGAAGCCUUGACGCAUCCUUCUCAUUACGGGACUGGGCUGUUUCGCAGCAGUGCCUAUGGGCGCUUGGCUUUCCUAGGAGAGGCUGUUCUUGAGCUCGUGGUGACACAGUCCCUUCUUCAUGCCCCAAGCAGGACCCUCGAGGUGCAUCGCUUGCAUAGCCUUAGAACUGCUGUCACUAACCAUCUUUUCUUAUCAUUCUUGUCCUUGGAGUUCCAUCUAGAAAUUGAUCCUCAAAUCGGGGUUCUCAACCAGCCGACACUUAGUCGAACAGUGGAGCCUCUAGAUGAGGUCUAUUUGUGGACUUAUUUGCAGUCUCACAGCCAAGAACUUACCACUUCCUUGAACAAUUUUCGAUCAUCUUCUCGACCCCAUUGUUGGAGAAUCCAACGAACUUUUUUGAAGAAUGGGCGCUACCCUUGGGCUGAGCUAUCCGCAAUGAGUGGACAGACUCUUUUGAGUGAUAUUGUCAAAAGCGCUGUAGGGGCGGUAUUUGUGGAUUCCCGAGCUAGCCUUCGGGAGUGUCAGCAGCUGGCGAACAGAAUGGGGAUUAUUCACCGUGCCAAUCAAUUACUCCGUAAUGAUGUGAUUACAGACCACCCCAAAAUUCAAUUGCAAAAAUUGUAUCCCCGGACAAAGAUUGUCUAUCGAUGCUAUACGAUACCUCAAUCAGAAAAUAACUUCUGCUGUGCGAUCUGGCUGGAUGACAAGAAGGCUAUUGAUCUCCAACAAUACCCAUGUCGGGAGUCUGCCAUUAUCUCUGCGGCCCAGGCUUUAGUUCUGAGGGGAGAAAGCCCUGAGGCUCAGUGA